UCUUCAUCAUAAUUACCGCAUUCCUCCCCUUUCUAGAAUAAACAAUUCACCUGCAGUUGCAGACACGGAGGCAAUAAUAUUCUUCCUCUUUCCCAAACCAUUCAUCACUCUCUUCCCCAAACCCUAAUCCUAAUCGACCAUGCAGCAAGGAGACUACACCCCCACUCCCUAUUACCAAUUCCCACACCUCCAAAACCCUAACCCUUCUCCUUCCCCCUCCGAUCCACUCCCCAAUAACCCCUACGCCUCCGCACCUCCCUUCACCCCCAAUUACGCUCCUUCCGAUUACAACCCUUACCCUCAAAACCCCGAUCCUAUUCCACCCACUGCUCCCUCUGCCUCCAACCCUAAUUUCCCCCCUUAUUUCGAAUCAAACCCUUCUUACCAACAACAGCCCUAUUUCCCACCCUAUGAUCAGCAUCAAACCGCUCCCAAUUACGCCCCUCCCAACACCUCUUUAUACAAUUCCGCUCCCUACUCCCUCACCGCACCUUCCUCCGUUCCUCCAAUUCCCACCUACGACCCUCCGCCCAGGCCCCAGCACGCCGCCGGCUACUUCGACGACAGGUACGGAGGCGGCACCUUUAAUCGGACCCACUCCGAUUUGGGAUCCGAUUAUUACGGCAAGAGCGGUGGCGACGAGGGCUACGGAGACGGCGUCUAUGCUUACGAAGGGGGCAAAGUCGAACCCUAUGGGGCGCGCGGCACCGCGCCCAAAUCCUCCACUUGGGCGGCGUUUGAUGAUUAUGGGAGGUCCAUUAGUUUUCCAUCGCAGAAGGAAUCUUCCGCUGGGGGUAAGAUUGUGAAAGCGGUGCCCAAGGUUGAUGCCCAGGAAGACGUGAAAGGUGGCGUGCAAAAGUUUCGUGUCAAGCUGUUGGCAGAAAGUGGGGGUCAGAGCACUAUGGAUGUUCUCUGUCAGAUUGGUUUGGAUGGAAUUCGAAUGCUAGAUCCAAAUACCAGCCGGACUUUGAGAAUAUAUCCUCUUGAGAACAUAACAAGAUGUGAUAGAUUCGAUUCAUCAACCUUUGCAUUUUGGUCAAAGAGCCCCGUGGACAUUGAGCCAAGGCGAAUCAGAUUGCAAUCUAAUAGUUACACUACUAAUACACUUUUGGAUACGGUGACUGCUGCAACCAUACAGUUCAAGGAAAUGGGUGGAAGCAAGAGGCCUGUUGAAUCAGUGAAAAUAAAUGAACAGCUUGCAGAAAGAAAGAAAGGUUUUGGUGAUUGGAUGAAUCUGAUUAAACCUGCCAAUGAAGAGAAGGAUCAUUGGGUACCAGAUGAAGCUGUCUCAAAAUGUACAGCAUGUGGCACUGAUUUUAGCGCUUUUGUUCGCAAGCACCACUGUAGGAACUGUGGUGAUAUUUUCUGUGACAAAUGUACACACGGUAGAAUUGCUCUAACUGCUGAUGAGAAUGCUCAGCCUGUACGUGUGUGUGACCGUUGCAUGGCGGAAGUGACGCAGCGUCUGACUAGUGCUAAAGAGUCAUCAAGUAAACCUGCAUUGCAGAGUCAUGAGGAUCUUGCCAAGAAACUUCAGGAGGAGCUGGAGAGAAAUCGAAGGACAUCAGGUUCCAAGUCUGAUGGAUCUGCAAAACGAAUGAAGGAAGUUGCAUGUCCUAUUUGCACUGUCCAUCUACAGGUUCAGGUGCCUAGCUCUGGUUCAGAGACCAUUGAGUGUGGAGUUUGCCAGAACCCAUUUCUUGUGAGUGUUCAUUGAGUUCAGAUAACAAUAAUACGGAUGAAGGUGUCUGUCUAUAUGUUUCACAAGUUUAAAUUUCAAUUGUUUUACUGAUCUGUCUCUUGCACAUUAAUAAUUAAUGAGUGUGAUUGCCUUUUUUUUUUUUAUCUCUGGGCUUGUUUCAUGACAUUUUUAUCCGCAUCCUUUUAUUUUUAUUCUUUUUGUGCUUUGAGCUUGGUGGAAUGAUGUGCUUUGUUAGUUGUUUAUUCUCUUGGAACGGUACAAUCUUAAAUCUUGCCCGCUUGUAUAAAGUAGACACGGAACAUAUAUGUAUACAUGUAUAGCUAUGUUGAAUUCAUUCUGGUUUUUAAAGACUAA